AUGUUAUCAGUCAGGCUUUUCUUCACACUUUACCCACCAUCUAAUGUUCUAUUAAACUCUGAUUGUUUAGUCAAAUUAUGUGAUUUUGGGUUGACGCGUUCACUAACCAAUACUACUGGAAAUCGUGCAACAUCUGUCGAAUCAUUUGUGGAUGGAGAUGAUGAAUAUGAGAAUCCUGGUUUAACAGAGUACGUAGCUACACGUUGGUAUCGUGCACCAGAAAUUCUGCUAGCUUCAAAUUGUUAUACAAAAUAUGUGGAUAUGUGGAGUUUAGGAUGUAUAUUAGAUAUUGAGUGCCUUCGUUCAGACUAUGGUAGAUCAGUAUUGGAGAAAGCGUUGCAAAAACCUCAUCACCCCUUAGAAACAUUAUUUCCCAAUGAUACGGAUAAACAAGCCUUUGAUUUACUUAAAAAGUUAGUUCAGCUAAAUCCAGAGAAGCGUUUAACAGUUGAACAGGCGUUACAUCAUCUUUAUGUGAAAAGAUUUCGUGAUCCUUCAUCUGAAAUCGUACUAAACCAUUCAGUUACUCCCAUUCUAAGUGAUGCUAAACAGCUGAGUGUGUCAGAUUAUCGUCAGAAACUAUAUGAGAUAAUUAUGGAGAAGAAAGCUCAACACAAAAUUCGAAAAUUGCUCCGAUCAGUAGAGUUGAACGGAAAUGCUGAAAAUUUAUCGACCUCAGUUGAAGCAUCUUUUUCUGAACAUUGUGAAUCAGAUCGAGAUCCUGUCAAAAAACAACAUGACAACACUUUUCGAUCCAGAAACCAACAAUGUUUUUUUGAUGCAAACGAAAUGAAAUCAAACUCCUAUUCUUCACAAAACCGAAGUCUUACAAAGUAUCGUCAUAACGGCUCCAUAUCAUCGUUGAGUCAUGUGAUUCAUUCAAAUAAUAAUAGUGCAUUCGAAAAUGAACAUACUUCUAAGUCUGUUACCCAACUAAAUCCCACACCUACUUCUCUACCAAGCUCAAACAAUACCUCACAUAUGACUAGUAGUAAAGCUACAAAUAAUUUGUCUACUCAAUUAAGCAGACAUGCUUCAAUGCCUGGUUCAACUUCAAACACAGGAAAAUACACACCUCAAUCGAUAUCAAACUCAGGGAAAAAUAACCAUACCCAGUUAAUGACCACUAGUAUGAGCAGAGAGAUAAAUAAUCCUGUUAUCGUUAGAAGCAAUAAAAAUGCAAGUGCAGUAAGAAAUACUUCUGUACACGUAAGUCAAUUUUCAUAA